CCCCUCCUCAGCGUGGCCAGUCCCCUUCCCUCUUCAAUCGGUGCUCGAUUCUUUGCCGCCAGCGCUGAGCCAGGGAGAGAAGCAAGAUGGCGGACAAAACGCCAGGCGGGUCGCAGAAAACCAGUGCGAAGGUCAGACUACCAGAUACGGUAGAAACGACUGGAUCUGCCGAUAGUCACCCUCUUUUGGAAAACAAACUUAAAGCAUUCAGUAUUGGCAAAAUGAGUGCUGCCAAGAGAACUUUAAGUAAGAAGGAACAAGAGGAGUUAAAAAAGAAGGUAAUGGAGGAUGAGAAGGCAGCUGCAGAAAUUUAUGAAGAAUUCCUUGCUGCCUUUGAAGGAAGUGACGGUAAUAAAGUGAAAACAUUCGUAAGAGGAGGAAUUGUUAAUGCGUCUAAAGAUGAACAUGAAACAGAUGAAAAACGAGGUAAAAUCUACAAACCUUCAGCGCGAUUUGCAGAUCAAAAAAAUCAGCCAAAUCAACCAUCCUCUAAUGAGAGGCCUCCAUCCCUUCUAAUGAUAGAAACCAAAAAGCCUCCUUUGAAGAAGGGGGAAAAAGAAAAGAAAAAGAGCAAUUUAGAACUCUUCAAAGAAGAACUAAAACAAAUUCAAGAGGAGCGUGAUGAAAGGCAUAAAACAAAAGGUAGAUUAAGUCGUUUUGAGCCACCCCAGUCAGAUUCAGAUGGCCAGCGCCGUUCCAUGGAUGCUCCUUCAAGAAGAAACAGAUCUUCUGGUGUACUGGAUGAUUACGCACCAGGUUCACAUGAUGUUGGAGAUCCAAGCACAACGAAUUUGUACCUUGGAAACAUUAAUCCUCAGAUGAAUGAAGAGAUGUUAUGUCAAGAAUUUGGGCGUUUUGGACCAUUAGCUAGUGUUAAAAUUAUGUGGCCAAGAACCGAUGAGGAAAGAGCAAGAGAGAGGAACUGUGGUUUUGUUGCCUUUAUGAACAGGAGAGAUGCUGAACGAGCAUUAAAGAAUUUAAAUGGCAAGAUGAUUAUGUCCUUUGAAAUGAAGCUAGGUUGGGGCAAAGCUGUACCGAUUCCACCACACCCAAUAUACAUUCCACCUUCCAUGAUGGAACACACCCUCCCACCACCUCCAUCAGGACUGCCUUUUAACGCUCAGCCUAGAGAGAGAUUGAAGAACCCCAAUGCUCCAAUGUUACCACCACCAAAAAACAAGGAGGAUUUUGAGAAGACUCUGUCGCAAGCCAUAGUCAAAGUGGUUAUCCCAACAGAAAGGAAUUUGCUCGCAUUGAUACAUCGAAUGAUAGAGUUUGUAGUACGUGAAGGGCCUAUGUUUGAAGCCAUGAUCAUGAACCGAGAAAUCAACAAUCCAAUGUUCAGGUUUUUGUUUGAAAACCAGACUCCAGCCCAUGUAUAUUACAGAUGGAAGCUUUAUUCAAUUUUACAGGGAGACGCUCCAACCAAGUGGAGGACAGAAGACUUUCGUAUGUUCAAAAAUGGAUCAUUUUGGAGGCCACCACCAUUAAAUCCAUAUCUGCAUGGGAUGUCAGAAGAGCAAGAAACGGAAGCAUUUGUAGAGGAACCUAACAAGAAGGGUGCACUUAAGGAGGAGCAGAGAGACAAAUUAGAGGAAAUCCUGCGUGGAUUAACGCCUCGUAAGAACGAUAUUGGCGAUGCAAUGGUUUUCUGUCUUAAUAAUGCCGAAGCUGCUGAAGAAAUUGUAGACUGCGUUACGGAGUCAUUGUCCAUUCUGAAGACUCCUCUUCCUAAAAAGAUUGCAAGAUUAUAUUUGGUGUCGGAUGUGUUAUACAACUCUUCAGCUAAAGUUGCCAAUGCUUCAUAUUAUAGAAAAUUUUUUGAAACAAAAUUAUGUCAGAUAUUUUCUGAUCUCAAUGCUACCUACCGUACCAUACAAGGCCAUUUACAGUCGGAAAAUUUCAAGCAACGGGUAAUGACAUGCUUCAGAGCAUGGGAAGACUGGGCGAUUUAUCCAGAACCCUUUUUGAUCAAACUGCAGAAUAUUUUCUUGGGACUUGUAAAUAUUAUAGAAGAAAAAGAAAUAGAGGAAGUACCAGAUGAUCUUGAUGGAGCUCCCAUUGAGGAAGAGCUUGAUGGUGCACCACUGGAAGAUGUUGAUGGAAUUCCUAUUGAUGCUGCUCCAAUAGAUGAUCUUGAUGGAAUCCCUAUUAAAUCGCUUGAUGAUGAUCUUGACGGUAUACCUUUGGAUACUUCUGAAGAGUCUAAAAAGAAUGAGCCCAUAUUCAAAGUUGCCCCUUCAAAAUGGGAGGCAGUGGAUGAAGCAGAAUUGGAAGCUCAGGCUGUUACAACUUCUAAAUGGGAGUUGUUUGACCAGCAUGAAGAAUCAGAAGAGGAGGCAAAUCAAAAUCAGGAAGAAGAAAGCGAAGAUGAGGAGGAUACUCAGAGCUCUAAAUCAGAAGAGCAGCAUAUGUACUCCAAUCCCAUCAAAGAAGAAAUGCCUGAAUCCAAGUCAUCAAUCAAGUACUCUGAAAUGAGUGAAGAAAAGCGCGCCAAACUCAGAGAAAUUGAGCUUAAGGUGAUGAAAUUUCAAGAUGAGUUGGAGUCUGGAAAAAGACCCAAGAAACCAGGCCAGAGUUUUCAGGAACAGAUUGAACACUACAGAGACAAACUUCUUCAGAGGGAAAAAGAAAAGGAGCUGGAAAGAGAACGAGAGAGAGACAAGAAAGACAAGGAAAAAUCUGAAUCCAGAUCCAAAGACAAGAAGGAAAAAGAAGAAUGUACACCAACAAGAAAAGAGAGGAAAAGACGACACAGUACAUCUCCCAGUCCGUCUCGCAGCAGUGGCAGUAGACGAGCAAAAUCCCCAUCACCAAAAUCGGAGCGCUCAGAGCGAUCUGAAAGAUCCCACAAAGAGACCUCACGUUCAAGGUCAUCUCACAAAGAUUCUCCUAGAGAUGUCAGUAAAAAAGCCAAAAGGUCACCAUCUGGCUCAAGGACACCCAAAAGAUCAAGAAGGUCACGAUCCAGGUCCCCUAAAAAGUCAGGGAAAAAAUCCAGGUCGCAGUCCCGUUCUCCACACAGAUCUCACAAGAAGUCAAAGAAAAGCAAACACUGACAAAAUGUUCAUAUUUUUUAUGAUGCUGUCACUUAUUGGAAAUGCGGUUUUGUUUUUGUGCCUGAACAGUCUGUUUAAAAAACAAAAACAAAAAAAAAUCAAACAAAAAAAAAUCAAACAAAAAAGCAUUCCUGAAUUUUUUGUGAAUGCAUGUGUAUACUCAUGAGUAACUGCAUCUGUAGACCUGUCAUUGUUUUAUAUUGUACAAAAUAUCUUCAUUGUGACUAUUUCCCCAAAUGAAACAUUUUUGUGUUUAGAGAUUUCAUCAGAAGUGUGUGUAUCUGAUCUGCUGGCAGUAGUGAUAUUUUUGUUUUAGAAUGUUGUGACAUAGCAAAAAUAACACAAAUGUUUUCCCCUUUUUGUAGCUUUGACAAUUUGAAUUAGAUUUCAAAUAAAAUCUGAACAGAAAUUUAAAACGUGGUUUUCUUGCCCCGCUUAUGACUCAGAUCUUUAGAGGCAUUCAUAGUUUGUUUGGAAGUACUGUGUAUUUCCGACAUACUAUGCUGUUUAAAAGCUUUCUUCAAUGGAGUAUACAACAUUAACAGCUGUGGUCCUUUUUUGUUAGUUUUGAAUAUCAAAAGAAAAGCACCUUUGAAUCCAGCUGAUGGAUGUAAUUUCCCAUUGUGAUGCUUAAUGUAGGAGCAUUUGACCAGUUUGGUGCCUACAGCUGGGCACACUUAAAAGUUCUGAUGUAUUAGAGAUGUUACCCGUUCUGGUGGUAUUUCUCUAUUUUAAGUAUGAGGAAUAUCUCUGAAAUAAAAGUGCAUUUUAAGUGUAGGGGUAAUAUGUGCAAUGAUGCAUCUAUAAGCCACAUUAGUGGCAUGCCUUGGGAACAGUGAAAGGAAAAAAGGCCAAAGGCUGAAUGAUUUUCCUCAAGAAAUAUAGUUACAAUGAUUGCAACAUAUAGUACAUUCUGAUUUGUUUUUCUAAAGUGGAUUUUUAUUCCUAAAGCAGAGCUUUUACAUUACAUGUUUUUUUAUUGAAUAUAUUUCCCAAUUGUGAAAACUGUUCAAAAUAGAUUAGAAGAAAUUAAAUUUUUAUUAACUUGUUUUUUAUUUAAUCAUAUGUUUGAACCACACAACUGUAACUUUUUCUUCAUUUUAGAUUUUUGCCUCCUUUACUCUGCUCUUUAGGCCUUGAUGUAACUUUAAAUCUCUUCAGCUUGGUCUGCAACCCUUUUUUUUUUUUUUUUUUUUUUUUUACGGAGGAAAAAAGGAACAGGAGGGUUCACUGUUAAUACUUGGAGGUGUGGGUGGAUUGUAAUAAAAAUGUAAAAUAAAGAAGGGACCUGGAUUCCUGUGAACUGUU